CACCAGAUUCUUGUAACCAUAUUUUGCAAAAUUAAAAUCCUUGAAGUAACUCAACAAUAUAGUCUAAAAAUAACUUUUGAACAUCAGUGUAAUACAAAGAGGAUAGUAAAUGGAUAAAGUUCACCUGGUCAGAGUUUUGUUACUAUACCACUUGCCCACCACACGUAAGCAUAAAAAUAGGUAGAGUAUUUUCAUCAGAGGAAACAAGGUGUCCAAUGACUCAUGGUGAUGCAAACAAAUCCUGUUCCACCUCCUGUCCUUGUUUACAGAGAGCCUGAUGUUCACUGGCUCAUUUACUCCCCUCCUUUUAUUCAUCACGCACGCCCCUUGAACUCCUCACGGUCCCUUAGCUAUACGUCUUUACCCUUUGAAAGUAGGCCGCCACCGCCGCUGCUGCUGCUGCUGUCAGAGGUUAACCUGCCGUGAACUCACCACUUCACCUCACAAUGAUCAGGGCCCCCACUGGAGUCAGAGCUGUGGGUGUUUGAUGUGUGUACACACAGCAAGGCCAAUACUACCCUGCUCUCAUGUGUGGUUAACAUUUUACACAGGAGGUCAAGGGUCAUCAAUCUACGUCGAUAGCCGGGUUAUAGCUCAACUAAUACUCCAACUUCGGAAGAGACUGUAGGGAACAGGAGACGUCAGAAACACAGAGGAUCUUCUUCUUUGAAGUUCUUCUUGAAGCAUACUUUUAUCUGAGUGCUGUCUUGGAUUUGAGUUUUAUUUUCAACCUUUUAUUUUCAUCUUUUUCUUUUAAAAAAUGCUGAUUUUAAAACCUGCCUGAUUUUAAUUGAUGCCUUUGAGAAGCACUCUGCUACCAUAAAACUGCUUCUUCCAUAAUGACUAUAAUUAGUAAAAGGACAGUGCUUAGGUUCUCACCUUGAAAAUGUGAGUUCAUGAGCUUUUUUUUCCUUCUUUUGGUGUGGCAGAGUAAAGAGCAACAGCCUUUUAUAUCAAGUUUUUUUAUUUUUUAUUUUGCUUUAAUUUCCCUGGAGAAAAUGCAAAUGAAGUCUUCCCUCUGGCUUGAAGAUAAGUCAGUCUUAGGCAUCAGAACUCAUCAGAGAAGGCAAAGGGCAUGUUUGUUUAUUGUAGGGUGAAAGGAGUAUUGCAUAAUAAACAUUGAUACUGGCUUCUAAAUGGAUAGUUUCACUGCACAGAGACAAAGAGAUAAUAAGAGGCAACAUGCUGUAACAGGAAGUUCAUCAACUUUGGUUUUACGACUGUUUGUUCGUCUUCGGUUCUGCUUUGAAUCUGCUUUGUAUCUAGAUGUAUUUACCCGGUUUAGCACAAACAUUCAAUUCAUUCCAUUUGUCUAGAGGGUGUUAGCAACAGUAGCAUAUAACAUAGAGCUACAAUCAAUCAGAUUACAUAACAUGUAAGAUGCAGCAGAAAUGUAAACAGGCAGAGGCAUGCAGAGGAUAGAAACACCACUUUUUGCCAGUAAACGCUGUAUGUGCUGUCGUUUGUUCUAGUUUCAGUUUUGUAAUAAAAAAAUAAUAAUAAUAAUUUAGCUUGUUUAGAAACACUGCAGUCCAACAAACCAACGAUAGUGUCCAUGUCACUUGUAAAUAAAAUGGUAGAUCAAUAAGCUCGUUUAUGGGUCAGGCAAUACCAGGCCAGUAUUUUUUCACUACUGGGGGGCAAAAAAAUGACACUUAUUUCGAAACUCCACUUAUCCAUCUAUGCUAAAUGUGAACUGUUGUGCUCUAAGUGGGUUGAUGCCUUUAAACGCGUUUGUUAAAUUUGCAAUUUUCAGUUUCCUUUCUAAAUUUCCCCACAUUGGAAUAAAUAAACUUUAUCUUAUCUCUUAUCUUAUCUUAGCAAAGCACUUUGAGAUUUUGAAAAGCACUCUAUACAUAAAGAUUAUUAUUGUUAUAUUAUUAUAAACUGGGUCAACUUCCUGUUUAAAAAUAAACCAGGCUGUAACACUAACAGAGACCUGCCAUGGCCUCAUUACAGGUGACUACAGGUCAGCCAGAAGGACCAGGUCACAUCGUCCUCCGAGGAAAACAAGCUUAGACACAGUCAAUAAUGCUAAUAAGUGUGUUUUGUUUUGUUGGUUUGUAUUGCAGAAGUAGCAAAAGAUCAAAGAAUAGGAUGAGUCUUCAGGAAGUAUAAAGGCAGAGAAAGCCCUGUGAAGAGAUUUAAGUUUCUUCAAAACAGAUUGAAAUUCACAGCGACAUUUUUUUUUCCUUUUUUUUUUUUUUUUUUUUGCAGCUGCAUAAGUAAAUGAGACCAUCCAUGUCUAAUCAUCUUUCAGAGGGUUGCUAAAGCUAGCUAGCUGCUACUCCUACGUCUUCUUCAUCUGUUUCACUAUGCACCAAUCAUUUACAUGUUGACACAGUAGGCUGUUCUUACAGGGUUCACAGUAAAUCAUUUUUGAAAGCAGUAAACAUCAAUACUAAUAUAUUUAGACGGCCCUAUCUCAGAAUAUACUCUCCAUGAUGAUGUUUGUUUAAAGAGAGAAGUAAAUAAAUAAUUGAAGGUAAAUGCCAUCAGGGUUUAGGAUUCCAGAUGGGGAGAUUAUUUUUGGUAAUACUUUCUCUCUAUAUGGACUUUUUUCCCGCAUCAAGCCAGUACCCACUUAAAAUGCUAUUCUACUCUGACUCUUACAGUAUUCUUACUUUCUGACGAUGUCUGCAUUGCUGCAACAACCUUCCCAUCUUGGGGUAAAGUAUAAAUAUAAAGUAUAAUUUUACUUUGACACAAGUUGUCAACUCUGCCUGCUUUUGUUAAAAAAUGUAGACUCUGUGAACAAACAUUACAUGACUAGUAAAGCACUUUGUAAUGCUGCUUUUGUUCAAUAAACACCUAAGUACACAAGAACACAUUGUGUUGUUGUAGCCUGUAAGCUAAAAUAUAUAGAUUUCAUUAGUCCUCUCAAAGGGAACAAACAGUAUAAACAAAUAUUGAUCAGAUGAGCUUGUUAAUCAUUUACUUGAUACUGGGCAGUCCAUAAAGCUUAAGAUCCUCACUGAGCUCCUCUUUGUUCUGUCAGAGAGGAGGGACACGGCUGCCCUGACUAUACCAACACACAGCAGGAGAGCAGCACCACUCAAACAUGAGAUCACUCAUCACUGUACUGUUAGUCCUGGCUGUCACCUUGGUCCCUGCCCUCUGUGGAAACACCCAGAGGCCUGACCCUCAACCUGAGACCCCCACUGAAACCCGCUCCCGCUUUGCUGCUCUGGAUGAUGUGCGUCUCCUUGCCAAUGGCCUCUUGCAGCUUGGUCAGAGCAUGCGUGAGUUUGUACAGAAAACAAAGGGGCAGAUAAACGACAUAUUCCAGAAGCUCAACAUCUUCGAUCGCUCCUUUUACCAGCUGUCAGUGCUCGCCAGUGAAAUCAAAGAAGAAGAAGAGGAGCUGAAGAAGACCACUGUGGUGCUGACGGCCAACAAUGAAGAGAUUAAGGGUUUGUCUGAACAGAUCAACUCUAAAGUGGACGGCAUCCUACAGGAGAAGAGCAGUCUGCAGGGAAAGGUGGACAGUCUGGAGGAGAAGCUGAGGAGUCUGACAAGCGGCCUGAUGACAAGCGAGCAAACGGCAGAGAUCAACGGCCUCAGGGUGAGUCACUUCUUUUCUGGAGUUUUCUCAUGUUGUUGAGUGUCAGUCAUAUUAAUGUCAACCAGCAGUUUGUAAAUGUCAGGAAACACAACAGUCCAAAACCUGAGUUUACAGCUCUGCUAUGAUAAGAUGACACCAUUAUAAAACACAGUAAAACAUAGUUGAAGGGGUCCCUGGCCAGUUGACGAAAAGCUGUGUGGAUUGAACCUUGGCGUUAAAUAUCAGUCCUACCUGAUUAAAACCACAUAGCUCUUUGCAAGGGUAAAUUUUACUACAUAAGCCAUUGAAAACACUGACAUCUAUCUUUUAAAUUCAAGACUUAUCAUGUAGUCUGUAUAUCUCCACAAAAUAUUCAUUUAGCCAGAGUUUAUUUCUCAGCUGUUUAUUUAAACUAUAGACAGGAGUGCACCCUUCCUGGUCCCAGUGUGGUUCAGCCCAUUCCCCUCCCCACCUCCUCCUAUUGGACAAAGGUUAAGACAAAAUACUCUUCAGGUGGAUGCUGGCAUCUUUACUGAUGAUGCCAUUUAAAGCCUAAGGCUGCAUAGUAGAUACUGUCUGGUGGAGCGAUGUCCCACCCCAUUACUAACCAAAACACAGAUUUAACCUGCCAAUAUUGUUGUAAGGAACCCUGGAGCUAGAACAACAGACACGUCCCAGAUUGUGAUUUAGCAGCCACGGCAUGCACUAAAGUGACUUAGCUGGUAGCAUCAUGGAUCUGAUGUCAAACAUUAACUUAUUGAUACCGGCACAGAACACUGCAGGAGUUACAUUUGCCAACAGUGAAGUCAAACUUGAUGACACAUUCUCCAAACAAAUUAAACUUCUCUGAACAAUGAGCAUUUGGACAUGAAGCAGCAUAAUGAGAACCAAAUCUAAUGUCUGAAACCUUGUUUAAUAUGUGUUAUAAUUUUUAAGUUUGGCCUCUGUUAAUAUUGAGUAGGCAGCUUUUAUAACCUGAACUGCAGCCAGCCAGCAGAGGGAGCUCUAAGUCUUUUUGCUUCAUAGUUAAUGAAAAAUUAAGGCAUACAUUUUAGUACACAGUCUGUGGUCAGAGCAGUCUUUUUUUUUUUCUACAGACACUCAUGGUUGUGUAAUGUUCAAUGACUCUUGCAUUGGGGUUUCCCAGUGUACACAAUGCUUCAAAGGCUGCAUAAUCCAUAGAGUCGUCAAUCAUGGCGUGAUAUUAAAUUAUGCCAACAUGAACAAAAAGUAACAAUACUGUAGGGAACCUUAAUAAAAGAAAAUCUGAUUUUAAAGUUGAACUCAUAUUCCCUCAUCAUAUAACGUGAACAGGCCAUGUUAGAGCCCAAUAUGUGUCAAUGAUCUGAAAUGUAACAGUGACUCGAAAUGUAAUAACUGGUCGAUAAUGUAACAAGUUCUUACAUUUUACAUGUACAUAUUAGGGUCAGCAUCUUAUUACAUUUUGGGUCAGUUAUGACAUUUGGGGUUUUAAUACAGUUUUUUAACUACAUUUCAGAUAAUUACUACAUAUCAGGCUCUAACGUGGCAACCUUUAAGACCUAUACCAAGACCUGUCAGCAGAGGGAGCUCUAACUGUCUUGACUUCACUUUAGGGAGCUGUGAUGCCGUCUAUUUUAUUAUACAGUUUGCACUACAGUUCAAAGUACCAACACCUGGUGGAAUGAGGGGUGUUCAAGUCAGUAUGAUAAUAACAUCACACACCUUAAACCAGAGAGCUGACCUCUGUGAGGGCAGCAGUGAUUUAUAACCACUGCAAUAAGAAACAGUAAAAUGAAAUACUGCAAAAUAACACAGCGAAUGAAAAAUGACUGUUGAAGAAAUAUCUUGAAUUUCCUCACACAGAGAUAACAAUGUUUCUAAAGAUCAUUGCAAUAUUUGGGCUUAAUGCCCGAUCAUGACAUUUCAUCUUCCACUGGGUGUCAUGGCAACCUGAUCCUCCUUUGCACAGGAGGAAAUUAGAGCAGAGGAAAAUUAUUCUCUGAAGACAAAGAGUUUUCACAGUUAGACCUUCAAUAUUUGCACUGUAAAUAUCAUGUAGUUCUCUUGUUAAAAAUAGAUUGAGAAAAGCUUCUGAUAAGGUCUCUAAAUUGCAUUUUGAACACUUGGCAAUGUUAUCUUUGACCCUGCAUUCAUUUGCAUCCUUUGUUUUACACAACUGCUCCUAAGACUCUUUUAUUUUUCUCCUGACCAGGAUGUGAUCCAGAGCCAGGAGCAGAGCAUCGCAAAGCUGCUGGAGGCUGUGAGGGAGCAGAGUGACCAGCUGAUCUACCAGAGGUCAAAGAUUAAGGUCCUGGAGGAAAAGGUGGGUGUUGGAAAGCAAUGAAGGGGAGUUUCAAAGAGGACAGUUUUUAUUUUUUUCUGUUUUUUUCCCACUAAAGAAUGAAGAUAGUUGAAUUUAUUUGAAAAAGUAGAGGAGCUCUAGCAGCCACAUAUCUGUUCUCCUUAGUUAUUUUAGUUGAAACUAUACUAGUUUUACUGAUUGCUGGGAUUUGAUCAUUGUGUCAUGCAUUACAAAAUGGCAUGUACCAUUAUUGUGCCAAAAACAGAGACAAUGAAACAAAUGAAUCACAAAAAAGAAGAAAAUAUAAAAUAGUUUAUUAAAAAUACUUAUAAUAAACAAAUGUACAGAAAUAAAAGCACCCUGACUUAUCAUCUGUGCUCAAGAAACAAAGAUGGCCAAUUUUAAAGCUCCUGUGAUGAUUUUUUUAGCUGGUUCCAAAAUCAGCUGACACUCGUAAUGAUGCCGCUUUCUGACACUAAAAAGCAAUUGAGUCCGUAAACAUUGCAAGAGAGUUGCUAUUUUUAUGUAUAGGACAAAAUCUGCAGAGAGAAAAGAGGCAAUCGUUUGUCCACGGGGGGCGCUAAAAUCAAAAUAAACCAAAAAUUCCUUACAGGAGCUUUAAAGAGUUAAUCACAUAAUUAUGAGCUGUGAAACCCAAAAAUAAUGCCAGGACUUGUGUCUCUUUUGGGUUACUAAUCAAUUGAACGUUAAUAAUUCCUAACUGUUCUUUUAAUUGUUUUUAUUCAGAUCUGUAACGUAUUAUCAACAGGAAGUAGCUCAGACUUCAAAAUAAAAGCACAGUGUUACUAUGCUGAGAAUAAGGCAAAAUAAAAAAACACCGGAAUAAAUAAAAAUAAAAAAUAAAAAACUUUUUUAAAGACUUCUCUAAGUGAGUUUAGGUCACAGAGCUAGUGAUGAAUCAUUAAUUUGAAAAAUCAAAGAAAUGAAUGAUGCCAUGUAAGAUAUUUGUGUUUCUUGGUAAAGUUUAUGAAGAAAUGUGUUCCCCCAUCCUUGACUAGUGGUGUUGUAUAAUUUCCAAGAUUUUAGAAAAUAUCAUGGGUAUAUUGUUAUUGUGAUCAUUUCAGGCCAUGAUAAUAGCGAGCUGAAAAUCUGAUAUCUUGACAGCCCUCCUCUGAACACACAUCUCAAUUCACCAAGGGUUUUCUUAGCUCAUCAUCUUCAUACAGACAAUACUAAAGAGCUCUUCAUGACUCAGCAGCUCUUUAUUCAAAAGUGGAAAAUAUUCCCUGCUGCUGUCCCUGAAAUAUAUAAUUUUCUGAUUUUUUUCUAUUUUCAGAGGAAAAGCCACAUAUAAUGUAGGUCAUACUGGAAAAAAUCUUGCUUACCUCCAUGAUGUAAUGCAAGCUUCUGCCCCCUUUCUCACCCCAGUUAUUUCCUUACAGUUCCUUCAUCAGUCAGAGGGGAUGAGCUGUUACACUCACUUUUACUUUGAUGCUGAGCAAAAGUUUAUAUUUUUAUUGAACUCUUUUUUUAUUGAAUUUUAUUUUGGCUGCUCUCUGAGUCAGAGAGGAAUCAAAGUUCAAAUAAACUUAAAUGAUAACGUGUUUUUAUGUUACAUAAUGUAGACUUUAGAUCUGUGGGGGUGGCUGACUUGAUAAAGGAGCUGUCGAUAUUUCUAAUCAUCUCAGCUUGUGCCUCAAUUGCUUUUUUCUUUGGUCUCAGCAGCUUGAAAGUCUUUGUCAAACUUUGGCACAAUAACAACUCUAAGUUUGAAAUGUGUGUUAUUGCUGUUUUAGUCUUUGGUAUUGCUCCUGAGUCUGUCUUUGGAUGGUGUCUGCAUGCUAAAAUAUCUUCUGUUCAAUUCUUUAGCUGGCUUCCCACAGUUUUGCUCAGGAGACCAUUGAGAGGACACCUGAAAUCUUCAACAGCGAAGCACCAACACUCGCCCCUUACUUGACUUCAAGCUUUUCCAGCCGCACUGAAAUUCUGAGUAAGAUGGAUAAUGAAAGGAAAGAGAAAUGUUCAAGUGCUUGAGAUUCAUCUCACCUGAAUGAUGAACAUGUGCAGCCAAUUAGGAACUGUUUUCUGCUUUAUUUUCACAUGGUUUCUGCAGUAACAGCCUGUGUUUUUACAGUUGCAGCUCACAAUGAGCAGUCGAUGACCCUGAACACACAUUUUCUGCUAAUGUUGCCAUUUAAACUUUUUUCUUUCAUGAAAUAGACCUGCCCUCAGAUUGCAGUGAGCUGUUUAACAGAGGGGAGCAGGUCAGUGGUGUUUAUGCCAUUAGACCCAACGGAUCCGAGCCUUUCAUGGCCUUCUGUGACAUGAGCAGAGGUACAAAUAAACACUUACAAACAAAAGGGUAAUAGUUUAUCCUGAGAUUUUAAGAUCACAUUUUUAUCUAAUGCAUCAUGUGUAUUUCACUUCACAAAAAUGCAGCCUUGAAUGUAAGAACAGCAGCCAGACUUUUGUAUGCACCACUUCAAUAUAGCAAACUCUGAGGCAGCUUGAAAUGAGAUGGCAUUAGAUUACUCACAAAAAGGGUGAUUGCUAAUCCCCUCAUACAUAUGAUUAUAUACAUAUGAAGGGAAUUGGAAUUAAUGCAGGGAUUUGCUAUUUUAAUAUUAAGCUCUAAGAUUUUACUUUUAUAACAGGAUUUUUUUUCAUUUAGGCUUCGGAACAACUGUCAUCCAGAGGAGGAGGGAUGGUUCAGUGAAUUUUGAUCAAAACUGGGACAAAUAUGAAAAUGGCUUUGGAGAAUUUAAAGGUAAGAGAAACUCACAUUUACAUUUAUAGAACAGGUGAAGUUCAUGUUUAAGUCUUUUUGUAAUGCAGAAAAGCAAAUAAGACCAUCAGUGAUGAGGUUAAUGGUUUUUAUAUUGCAGUUUUUUUAUGCUUGAAACUGGUGUAUGGAGGGAGGUGUCUGAUUAGCAUCUAUAGAAAUGAGAUACUCACAAUAAAUGACAUGUGGCUGUCAAAAGUCAGCUAGAUGAGACUGUAUAAUCAGAGGACACGAACAACUAAAGCACAAAGAGGAGGACAAAGUUAGCAAAGACUACUUUGUCCAUAGGGGGCGCUAAAGUGACACCAACUGAGAGUUCCCUUCAGGAGCUGUAAGAUAUUUCUUAAAGGCUGGAUCCUUUAUUAGUAAAAUAUAUUACAUAAUUUUUAUCUGUAUUAAAAUAAAAGGGGAAAAAAGUUCAACCGUAAACUUUGGUCAAAAGUUUACAUUUUGAUUAAUGUCAACCUUAAAAAUAGGUUUUAAACAUGUGUAAGUGUGUAUUCUGUACCUUUGUUUUUUUUUUACCUCUUCAUUUUUCAAAGAUUUUUCAAAGUCAUGUAAUUCCUGACCUCUUGCUGUUGUCUCUCUGCAGGCGAGUUUUGGCUGGGUCUGAGGAAGAUCCACUCCCUGUCUGCUUGGGGAAACUCUGUCCUUCAAAUCCAGCUGGAGGACUGGAAACAGGACAGACACUUCAUCGAAUACAGAUUUCACCUGCAUGGACCAGAGAGCAACUACACCAUUCACCUCACACAUCUGUCUGGAGAUCUUCCUGACCCCAUGAGCAACCACAGCGGCAUGAUGUUCUCCACCAAGGACAGAGACAACGACAGACAGCAGGACUCCAACUGUGCCCACCACCAUUCUGGUAAGAGAGGAAAGGGGCUUGUCAGCUACACACAGCAGCAGCACUAAUGCACUAAAUAUGGGCAGCUACAUAGGGGUUGGACUGCUUAUGGCAAGUAAAACUUUGACACAACAAAAUAGAAAAAAUAGAGGAUUAAAGAAAUUAGGAAGGACUCUGCCUGUUUCAGGGAGAGGCUUAAGACGCUGCUUUGCCAGUUUCUGUUGACUGCAUGUCAUGUAGUUUUUGCCAUCUUUCAGGUGGAUGGUGGCUUAAUACCUGCGGAGAUGCCAACCUGAAUGGGAGAUAUUUCCACAUGAGAGCAAGAGGGCGCUCGGAGCGACGGAGAGGAAUUCAAUGGAGGCCCGGCCAAAAGAAUUCCUACUCUCUCAAGCUCACCCAGAUCUCUGUGCACCCUGUACCAACACUGCCCUCAUCUUCCUCCUUUGAGACAGACCACUUUCAGUGACUCUUUGUCUUAAUUUAGUAGUUAUAUUGUUAAAAUAAACAGUGCCCUCUGCAGGACAGCCUUGGUUAUACUUCCUUGAGGCAGCAAUGUUUAAAGAAGGGUCAGGCAGAAAGGAGGUGUCAGGUUACAAACGCAGCGGAUGAUUAAAUAAGAUUUUAACUAUGAGCUCAAAACAAGGUAAAGCCAAAGAAAUGAGUUACUGUCUAUCCUGGAGUAGUGUCUAAUGUUGUGAGAAACUUCAAAGUGAAUGUAUUAAGAUCUUCACUCACAGUAUGUAAGAGGUCAAAGGUCACAGAGAAGAAAUUAUAAUGUACAAACUUAUAAAAACAGAAUUUAUGGGUCAUAUUGACUCUGAGUAUACAGCAGUGGUUUACAAAGUUGGGGGCGGGCCUAAUGAAAGAGUCACAUUUAAGGGGUCAUUUGCUGACAUCUGUAACAGGUAGGGGCAUUUAGAAGUCGUUUUAAUCCUACUGAGGUGUCAGCAGGCGAGGAUUGUUGGGAUCACUUCUUUGCAUUACAUUCAUCUUUCCAUCAUUUAUUUUUGAUACAAGUGCUUUGUUUUACCAAUUUAAAUUAAUAAAAGUAUGACUGUGACUUCAGCUUCAUUGUCUUUCUGUAACUGAAAAUUUAACAAAUAUCUUCUAUUUUUUAUGUAUUCCAAACUGAUUGAAAGGAGUGUACAUAGAUAAAACAUUUUCCUUAGCACACUAAAAGUAUAGAUCAGAUUUAAUAAAAUAAAGUAUGUUUUUCUGUGGAUUUUGAA